AUGCAUGAAGAGUCCGCUGGCCGCAUAGGAAACGAGAGCUCUACGGAGAAUGGCCACGGUGGGGGAGGCAGGCAAUCCGUUGACUCUGCUGCGAUACGCGCUUUGAGUGUUGUUCCUACAGAAGUCGUUAAUCUUGUUAAUGAUGAGGAGGAAGAUGAGAGCAUCGCCGGCCCUUCUUCUGCAGCGACUGCCCGUGGUCGCACUGUAGCAUUUAUCGGCGAAGGUGUUGAAGGUGGCGAAGGCGGAGCAGAUGAGAGCACAAAUGGCCGCUCUGCUGCUGUCCGAGCUGGCCAGAAGAGACCCUCGAUCGCUGAUCCCAUCAACGAGAGCCCGGCUAGUCAUGGUCCACCUAAGACGCGUAAGAGGUGCGAGGUGUACUAA